GUCUAUGAGGUCCAUUUCAGACGGAUUCCAGUUCACCCCACUCCAGAUCCAUGAGGCUCCUUAUGUCAAUGACCAGUUGCCUGGGAAGAACGAGCAUAGUCUUCAUUUUGUAGAGCGUUGUAUCCAGGCUUUCCCUUCCAUCAGCGUCCGCAAAAAAGGCGUAGACCGGCCCAUCGCCUGGGCGCUCAGCGAUCCUUCUAUGGAGCUACGUAUGGCGUACACCUCACCGGCCUACAGGAAGAUGGGACUAUCCUCCAUGAUCCUCCUCAAGUUUUCUGCUGUCUAUCGCGAGAAGGGGUUCCCUAUGUACGCCCUCACCACACCCGAUAAUAAAGCCCCUCAGGCUAUGCUGAGCAAAGCGGGAUUCCUACAGGGGGGCCGAGGGGAACUGUGGGACUUUCAGCGGAAUGUCUAAAAUAAAAGAAAAUGUCUGUUGUAUGUUGUUCAAAGAUCAAUGUUAGGAUAGUCCAAGGCCAAUCCAUAUCUUAUAUGAAGGAUAGCCUAAUGCCUAUCCAUAUCUUACAUGAAGGAUAUCCUUAUGUCUAUCCCUAUCUUAUAUGAAGGAUAUCCUCAUGUCUAUCCCUAUCUUAUAUGAAGGAUAGCCUAAUGCCUAUCCCUAUCUUAUAUGAAGGAUAUCCUCAUGUCUAUCCCUAUCUUAUAUGAAGGAUAGCCUAAUGCCUAUCCCUAUCUUAUAUGAAGGAUAACCUUAUGUCUAUCCCUAUCUUAUAUGAAGGAUAGCCUUAUACCUAUCCCUAUCUUAUAUGAAGGAUAACCUUAUGUCUAUCCCUAUCUUAUAUGAAGGAUAUCCUUAUGUCUAUCCCUAUCUUAUAUGAAGGAUAUCCUCAUGUCUAUCCCUAUCUUAUAUGAAGGAUUUCCUUAUGUCUAUCCUUAUCUUAUAUGAAGGAUAGCCUAAUGCAUAUCCCUAUCUUAUAUGAAGGAUAGCCUUAUGUCUAUCCUUAUCUUAUAUGAAGGAUAGCCUAAUGCAUAUCCCUAUCUUAUAUGAAGGAUAGCCUUAUGUCUAUCCCUAUCUUAUAUGAAGGAUAGUCUUAUACCUAUCUCUAUCUUAUAUGAAGGAUAGCCUUAUGUCUAUCUCUAUCUUAUAUGAAGGAUAGCCUUAUUCCUAUGCCUAUCUUAUAUGAAUGAUAGCCUUAUGCAUAUCCCUAUUUUAAAUAAUGGAUAGCUUUAUGCCUAUUCCUAUCUUAUAUGAAGGAUAGCCUUAUGUCUAUCCUUAUCUUAUAUGAAGGAUAGCCUAAUGCAUAUCCCUAUCUUAUAUGAAGGAUAGCCUUAUGUCUAUCCCUAUCUUAUAUGAAGGAUAGCCUUAUACCUAUCUCUAUCUUAUAUGAAGGAUAGCCUUAUGCCUCUCCCUAUCUUAUGUGAAGGAUAGCCUUAUACCUAUCCCUAUCUUAUAUGAAGGAUA